CCCAGCUCUUACCCGCUGUCACCAUGCAGAAGUCCAGAGCCAUCAAUCCCGUGCUGGGGUCUAGGGCGUUCGUCCCCAACCCCCGUAUCCAGUUUCAGGCUCAACGCCGAUUCCUCCAAGAUAUCACAAUCACUCGAACUGGAAAGCCGCUCUUGAAGAUCCAGGGUGGACGACACUCUCUCGGAGGACACACUGCGACCGUUUUCGGUGCUACCGGCUUCCUGGGUCGUUACAUUGUCAACAAGCUUGCUACGCAGGGAUGCACUGUGGUCGUCCCCUACCGUGAGGAGAUGGCCAAGCGUCACCUCAAGGUUACCGGUGAUCUUGGACGAGUCGUUUUUAUUGAAUACGAUCUGCGCAACACUCAGUCGAUCGAGGAGAGUGUUCGUCACUCCGACGUCGUCUACAAUCUUGUCGGGCGCGAUUACCCUACCAAGAACUUCUCAUACACCGACGUGCAUGUCGACGGCACAGAGCGCAUCGCGGAGGCAGUGGCUAAGUACGACGUUGACCGCUUCAUCCACGUUUCCUCCUACAAUGCCAACAAAAACUCUCCCUCCGAAUUUUUCUCCACCAAGGGAUGGGGUGAGGAAGUCGCGCGCUCGAUCUUCCCAGAGACCACCAUUGUCCGACCAGCUCCGUUGUUCGGAUUCGAGGAUCGUCUUCUCCACAAGCUCGCGAGCGCGACCAACCUGUUCACAGCCAACCACCUCCAGCAACGCUCCUGGCCUGUACACGCCAUUGAUGUCGGUACCGCUCUUGAGCGCAUGCUUCACGACGACACCACCGCUGGCCAGACCUUCGAGCUGUACGGCCCGACCAACUACUCGCUUGCCGAAAUUGCUCCUCUUGUUGACCGCGAAAUCGUCAAGCGCCGCCGCCACAUCAACGUCCCCAAGCGUAUCCUGAAGCCUGCGGCCUAUCUCCUCAACAAGUACCUGUGGUGGCCCACCAUCAGUGCCGAUGAGGUUGAGCGGGAAUUUAUUGAUCAAGAGAUCGACCCGACAGCGAAGACGUUCAAGGAUCUCGGAAUCGAGCCUGCUGAACUGUCUGAACUCACCUUCCACUACUUGAAAGGCUACCGAAGCUCCUCGUACUACGACCUGCCUCCGGCUACAGAGCGGGAGCGGGCAGAGGAGAAGAAGUACGUGCACGUUCUCGACGACCAGUAGUGCUGUUUUCUUAGUGUACAUAACAAUACUAGACACAUUGAUUCCGUUUGUUCAA